AUAAGGCUUAAUUCUAUAUAAAUACACACAUUAAUACUAACAGAUUUUCAUCCAUCUCUCAACUUUUCUGCCUUCUUAUAGUUGAGCCACUAUCUUGAUCAGCCAUUUGGUGUAGCCGUGUAGAUAGCGGGAAUAAAACUAGAGAGAAGGUGAGACAGAGUCACACAGACAAACAGAGAGGGUUCUCAAAACUGAAAGCCAAAAAUCCACCAUUAAUGGAGUCCAAAGAGAAAAGCCAUUACGCGGAAGAAACAGCAGAAUCAUCGGAUGAUCAUUCACCAAUAGAGGAAGUCAGACUAGUAGUACCAGAAACAGAUGACCCGUCACUACCAGUAAUGACAUUUCGGGCAUGGUUUCUAGGUACAGUUUCGUGUACCAUACUCAUUUUCCUAAAUACAUUUUUCACUUUUCGCACUCAACCAUUAACAAUAUCAGCGAUCUUGAUGCAAAUUAUGGUCUUGCCCAUUGGUAAAUUCAUGGCAUCGGUACUUCCAAAAAAAGAUAUAAGAAUUCUGGGUACAAGUUUUAGCUUAAAUCCAGGGCCUUUCAAUAUGAAAGAACAUGUUAUUAUCACAAUCUUUGCAAAUUGUGGUGUUGCUAGUGGUGGUGGUGAUGCUUAUUCUAUUGGUGCUAUUACGGUCAUGAAAGCUUAUUACAAACAAAGCUUGAACUUCCUUUGUGCUCUUCUUAUUGUCUUGACUACUCAGAUAUUGGGGUAUGGAUGGGCAGGGAUGUUGAGGAGGUAUUUGGUUGUUCCGGCUGAAAUGUGGUGGCCGUCAAACCUUGCUCAGGUUUCUUUGUUCAGAGCUCUACAUGAGAAAGAUCCAAAAUCCACGAGCCUAACAAGAAUGCAAUUCUUCCUCAUUUUCAUGGGGGCAAGUUUCCUUUACUACACACUGCCUGGUUAUCUAUUCCCAAUGUUAACAUUCUUUUCUUGGGUAUGUUGGGCAUGGCCCCAUAGCAUUACUGCUCAACAGAUUGGAUCUGGCUAUCAUGGACUUGGUGUAGGUGCUUUCACUCUUGAUUGGGCAGGAAUUUCAGCUUACCAUGGAAGUCCACUUGUUACACCAUGGGUUUCAAUUCUCAAUGUUGCAGUUGGAUUCAUUAUGUUCGUUUACAUAAUCAUUCCUAUCUGUUAUUGGAAAUAUAGCACUUUUGAUGCAAGAAAAUUUCCUAUGUUUUCAAAUAAGCUUUUCACUUCCACUGGUCAAAUAUACAACACUGACAAGAUCCUGACACCACAAUAUGAUCUUAAUAUUGCGGCUUAUGACAAUUAUGGGAAGUUAUAUCUCAGUCCACUAUUCGCUCUUUCAAUUGGGUCUGGAUUUGCAAGAUUUACAGCUACUCUCACUCAUGUUGCACUCUUCCAUGGCAGUGACAUUUGGAAACAGAGUAAAUCAGCAGCGAAAAAUGUGAAAUUGGACGUACAUGCAAAACUAAUGAAGGCUUACGAAGAAGUUCCUCAGUGGUGGUAUCUCAUUCUCUUGGGAGGAAGUGUUGGUUUGUCUCUCUUAAUUUCUUUCGUUUGGCAAAAAGAUGUUCAACUUCGUUGGUGGGGGAUGCUUUUCGCGUUCACAUUGGCUUUUAUCGUUACCUUACCCAUUGGAGUCAUCCAAGCAACUACAAACCAACAACCUGGAUACGACAUAAUAGCACAAUUUAUAUUUGGCUACAUGCUACCAGGAAAACCCAUUGCUAAUCUUCUUUUCAAAAUAUAUGGCCGUAUCAGUACUGUUCAUGCACUCUCGUUUUUAUCCGAUCUAAAACUUGGUCACUACAUGAAAAUCCCACCCAAGUGUAUGUACACCGCCCAGCUUGCUGGAACAAUCAUAGCUGGUAUUGUCAACCUUGGAGUUGCAUGGUGGAUGCUUGGGAGUAUCGAAAACAUAUGUGACGUUGAUGCUCUGCAUCCAGAUAGUCCAUGGACUUGUCCAAAAUACAAAGUCACCUUUGAUGCUUCUGUUAUAUGGGGACUAAUUGGACCAAGGAGAUUAUUUGGACCAGGUGGAUUGUACCGAAACUUGGUGUGGUUGUUCCUUGUUGGAGCUGUUUUGCCAGUACCAAUUUGGGUGAUGAGCAAAAUCUUCCCCGAGAAGAAAUGGAUUCCAUUGAUCAAUAUACCUGUUAUCUCCUAUGGAUUCGCCGGCAUGCCUCCAGCAACGCCUACAAAUAUUGCAAGUUGGCUAAUCACAGGAAUGAUUUUUAACUACUUUGUCUUCAAGUACAGGAAAGGGUGGUGGCAGAAAUACAAUUACGUUUUGUCGGCCGCAUUGGAUGCUGGGACAGCCUUCAUGGGUGUGCUAUUGUUCUUCGCACUACAAAAUCAGAAACUGACUCUAAAGUGGUGGGGGACCGAUCUUGAUCACUGUCCCUUAGCUACUUGCCCAACUGAACCUGGUAUUGUGGUUAAAGGGUGCCCAGUAUUUUAGUAAAUAGGUUAGUAAUACUGGCGCAUCACUGUGAACAAUUGGUAGUCUUUAAUAUAAUUUGGAUGAUCAGUGAGCUCAAAGACAAAGAGAUGACAAUGCUGCUUUUAAUUUAAGUGUGUUGAGAGCUUUAUUUUGGCUUUAAAUUUGAAUUUGAGAAUCAAAUAGUAAGAAUAGCUAGGUCAGUGAAGUGGAGCAGAGUCUUUACAAUGAACAUUGAUUAUCUGUUAGAAUUGAGGUUUGCCUAUAUUAAUAUUGGUUUCUUAAA